AUGGGCGCGAAUUCUUCCUUCCAGGAUCUGGCGGUGCGCUUCCGGGCGUACCACACCAACUCCCUCAACGUCGCGCUGCACAUGGUGACUACCCCCGUCGGUAUCAUCGCCGCGCUUGUCCUCAUGGUCAACCACCCCGCGGUGACCCCGCAGCACUUCCAGAUCGCGGUCGGCGCGUACGUGGCCUCCCUCCUCGUGACGCUCGGCGACAUCAAGCUCUGGGUCGCCACCUCCGCGAUGAUGGCCGGCCUCGCCGCGCUCGCCGUUCACAUCGCCCCAGCGCUGGCCACCUACGACGCGCUCAAGCUCAUGGGCUUCGCGUACAUCGGCCAGGAGCUCGCGCACAUCGUCACCGGCGAGAAGACCUUCCAAUCCACGUACCAGGCCGCCUCCCCAACCUUCCUCGCGCUCCUCCUCGAGCACACCUACUUCCUACUCCCCCUGUGCAUCGACGCCCUCGUGAACAUGAAGGCCUCCUUCGCCGAGUGGAUCGUCGCGCACAACUACGUCGUCAGGUGCAAGCUCGAGAACUCGGCCGACAAGGCGGCGCGCAAGACCAUCUACGACUUCGUCACCGCCGAGGAUCCCGACCGCACGUGCACCGCGCACUGGUGGUACCAGAAGCUCGAGGGCAAGGUGAAGGACGCCUUCUCCCACUGCAUGUCAUGCGACGCCAUGAUGGGCAUGUUCUACGAUCGGUUCAGGCCCGACCUUUACAACGUUGAUCCCAUCCCGUCGAUGAACGAGAUCUACGUCGCAUCCUCGCACCACAACAACAACUCGGACACCGUGUUCUACACCCAGCACUGCGACGGACCGUGGAGCGUGUGGCCCUGGUGCCACGUGUACCGCGUCAUGCUCGCCGUAAACGAGAACGUCCAGGUCGAGACCCUGUUCACCAUGGAGCGCGGAGGCGGCUGCCUCAGCGACGGAGACGCCGUGGGAUUUGACUACAACCGCGAGAUCCACGUCAUCGCCGACCUCCCUACCAAGAACAAGGACAGGAGGAUCACCUGCAAGCUCCACUACGUCGUCUACCCCAAGUGUUUCGGUCCCUUCGGCCGGCUCGUGGGUACCCUCGCCACCUGGUACAACACCACCGCCAGGAACCUCUUCCUCGCCACCAUCCGCCCCCGCGGCCUCUUCUGGCGGUUCAUGGCGUUCCACGUCAUCUUCUGGACCAAGAGGGUGAGGGAGCUCGAGAUGUACGCGGGUCUCAACAACGUCGCCGUCGCGGCCGCGCUUUUCGCCGUCGGGCAGAAGAUUCACCCCUACUUCUUCAUGGUGGCCACCUCCUUCACGCACUACUGCAUGUACAUCGCCACGUACCACUACAGGUACAAGAUCAACUUUGGUGUGUUCAAGCGCAACGUGGUCUUUUUCAAGACAAUCGCGCUCACGCACUUGUGCUGGAACUACCUCACCAACUUCACGUACGAUCCCGUGUCCAUCGCGAUGCUCGUGGUUGGCUACGGCCUUUCCACCGCCGCCACCGUGGCGCUCGGCAUUGACCAGACCUACUUUGGCGUGGAGCUUGGCGUGAUGAAGCCCAACUUCGUGUCCCAGUUCCCCUACGGGUAUGUGCCACACCCCAUGAUCAUCGGGUCUAUCGUCGGCCUGCUGGGUUUCCACAAGAUGGCGACCUUCCGCGCGGCGCUUCCGUACCUCGUGCCAGUUCACAUCUGCAUGUACAUGAUCCAUAUGAUCCAGGAGCAGGUGUUUGACAUCUACAAGAAGGACUGGCACGCCGGUGCCAAGAAGGCGGGUGUGGCACCGGUGAAAGGCAGGGGCAAGAGGGUCAAGGCCCACUAA